GUCCUGUCUGGCUGUGGUGUCUAUGAUGGCACAGAAAUCCACGAGGCCUCAGCCAUACUGGUACACCUCAGUCGUGGGGGAGCUGAGGUUCAGAUGUAUGCUCCAGAUGUUCCUCAGAUGCAUGUCAUUGACCACACUAAAGGGCAGCCAGCUGAAACUGAGUCAAGGAAUGUUUUAGUGGAAUCUGCCAGGAUUGCUCGUGGUAAAAUUGCAAGCCUGGCUAAGCUCACUACAGCAGACCAUGAUGCUGUGAUAUUCCCUGGUGGAUUUGGAGCUGCUAAAAACUUAUCUACCUUUGCUGUUGAUGGGAAAGAUUGCAAAGUGAACAGAGAAGUUGAGCGUGUCUUGAAAGAUUUCCACAAAGCAGGGAAACCUAUUGGUCUUUGCUGCAUUUCACCAGUGCUGGCAGCAAAGGUUCUCUCUGGUGCUGAAGUAACUGUGGGCCAUGAAGAAGAGGAAGGUGGCAAGUGGCCUUACGCUGGGACUGCGGGAGCCAUUAAAGAACUGGGAGGAAAGCACUGUGUCAAAGAAGUAACUGAAGCUCAUGUGGAUACAAAAAACAAGGUGGUGACUACCCCAGCGUUCAUGUGUGAAACAGAACUACACCACAUCUUCGAUGGCAUUGGGGCCAUGGUAAAGAAUGUGCUAAAAUUAAUUGGCAAAUAAUAAUAAAAAAGAAUCUAAAACAAACCCAGAAAUGUUUAAAUUUAGGGAAUAGUAUCAAAUAUAAUAUGGACCAAUGGAAACAUUUUCACCUACUUGUCCAGUUCACACUCUACUGAAUGCUGAUAUGAAGCUGAUGGAUUCCCAGC